AAUUUCUCGGACAACGACUUGGUGGCGUGGCACGCUAGUGAGCUGAGUAUAGCACGGAAACACGGACUCCAGAACUCGAAGUCUCAAAGCAGUGAAACAAUUGUUAGAACUAAGCUAGAAACGCUACCCGACAGAUCACGAGCAUGGCGAACGAACAAUACGUAUCCAAAAAGACCGUUGCUGCAUCCUAUCGACCGCGCAGUUCUCUUAUGUCCCCGGGUCUCCAGCGCGCGCGCGCACCUUUUCGCCUCCAAAACGCUAUCACCGGCCUCGUACUCGCAGGCUUUGGCGUCGGCGUCUGGGCAUACUCUAUCAGCGCGGUGAAACAAGAUGACUUCUCCGACGUUGAUGAGGAGGCGCGGGCGCUGAUGCGUGCUGGGCCAAUCGUGGAGGAGGUCAAAGUUUCCGUGAUGAACGAGGCAAAAGUCGUGGCGACACAAACUCCGAGCAGCGUACCCGUGAAGGUCAAGGUAGCUACCGUGCCAUCAAUACACCGAGGUUUGCUUGUGCCCAUUCUUGAGAGGCAUUUCCCCCGAUUGUUGGACCCAUCACGGAAGACGCUUAUUUGGGGCGCGCCUUCGGUGGACAAUAUUGGGAGGCUCCGCGAUUCGGUAUAGAGGUUUUUCCGGCCCU